UAAAAAAACAAAAAGACACAGUAAGCAUCAAUCAAACAAAACAGACAUGGCUACAUUACAUGUCUCUCUCCUCGUUGAUUUUGCAACUUGAUUUACAAAACCCUCACGCGCAUCUCUUUGUUUUUUGAACUUUUAAAUCAUACUCCACUUUCUUAGCCUCCUCUUGCUCUCUUUUAACUUCUAAUCAACGCCCCUUUUCUUUACUUGUAGAACUCUCUAUGUAUCUUGUUGAUUUUUCAAGUUUCUUGGAGAUUUGAAUUGGGGUUUCUUGGCUGAUUGUGUUGCUUAUCUUGGUUUUUUGGGUGGAGAUUUGAUCUUUUUGGUGUUUGGUUUCUGGGGUCUUUUGAAAGUUUGACUUUGGGGGUUUAAAGAGUGUGGGAUGAUCGUUGAAGCUGCUGAGAAAAAAAUAAAAUAUCAGUAAAUAUGGUUGCUAAAGACAGUAAGAGUACUGGAUCUCCCAAGGUUCAGGUUGGCGAAAUAGACACAAGGGCACCAUUUCAGUCUGUCAAAGAUGCUGUCAACAUGUUUGGGGAAGGUGCUUUUUCUGGGGAGAGACCAGCAAUCAGGAAGGCAAGGCCUGACUCUGCAGAGAGAGUACUGGCAAAGGAGACACAGCUUCAUUUGGCACAGAAAGAGCUACAUAAGUUGAAAGAGCGAUUACAAAAUGUUGAAACUAUAAAAGCCCAAGAAGCCGCAGAGCUUGAAAGAGCUAAAAGGACCGUGGAGGAACUGUCACAAAAACUUAAAGCAGUCAAUGAGGCCAAGGACAUAUCAACCAAGGCUACAGAAGCUGCAAUGGAUCAGGCAAAGAAACUUGAGGAAUCAAACGGCGGUAUUCCGACUGGAACCGAUAGUGCUUCAAAUUAUGAUUCAGAAGCAACAAGAAAACAAUACACACUUGCUUCUGAUGAGUUAGCUGCUGCAAAACAAACACUACAGAAGAUACGUCAGGAUUGUAAUGCUACUGCAGAAGAAAAGGCUUCUGCCCUCAAGCAAAUUACAGAAGCUGAAGAUGCAGCUAAAGCAAACAUGGUAAGAGCUAGUGAGCUAUCAAAGGAAAUCACAGUUGUCCAGGAGUCCAUAGGGCAGGUGAAGGUUGCAACAACACAAACCCAACAAGAUGAAGCAAAGAUAUAUGCUGAGAAGGAUGUUCAGAAGCAACUUCAUAAAGCUAAGCUUGAAGAAUCUGCGAAGAAAUUGCUUGAAUUGAAGGAGGAAGUUGAUCCUGAACUUACUAAACAACUUGAAUCUGAGUUGGCUGAAGCAGCCAUUGCUAUAGGAGUUAUACGUAAAGAUAUUGACAGUGCGAGAACUUCCGAUCUUGAUUCUGUCAAAGCUGUCACUUCAGAGCUGGACGAUGCUAAGGAUUCGUUGCAAAAAGUUGCAGAAGAGGAAAGCUCCCUCAGAAGCUUAGUAGAAUCCCUAAAGACGGAGCUGGAGAAUGUGAAAAAAGAACAUGCUGAAUUGAAGGAAAAGGAAAAUGAAACAGAAUCUGUUGCUGGAUACCUGCACGUCAAGCUCAGAAAGUGCAAAUCUGAACUUGAAGCUGCUAUUACUGAAGAAUCCAAGGCAAGAGGUGCUUCCGAAGAUUUGAUCUCAACACUUAAACAGUUGUCAGUAGAAUGUGAAGAUGCAAAACAUGAAUCAGAGCUCAUGAAGAAGCAAGCCGAGGAGUUAAAAAAGGAAGCUGAAAAGGAAAAAAUUGCACAUGAAGAAGCAGAAGACGUACUCAAAAUUGCACUCAUGGAAGCAGAAGAAGCAAAGGCCGCUGAAUCUAGUGCCCUUGAUCAGAUAAAAUUAAUGUCUGAGAGAACCAGUGUUGCACGUGCCUCUACUUCAGAAUCCGGUGCUCAAAUCACUCUAUCAAAAGAAGAAUUUGAGUCAUUGAGCCGGAAGGUCGAAGAAUCUGAAAAACUAGCAGAGAUGAAAGUAGCUGCUGCUAUGGCUCAAGUCGAGGCCGUGAAAGCUAGUGAGAACGAGGCCAUCAAGAGGUUGGAGGCUACGCAGAAGGAGAUCGAAGAGAUAAAAGCAGCAACUCAGGAGUCAUUGAAGAAAGCUGAGAUGGCUGAGGCAGCCAAAAAGGCAGUGGAGGGAGAGCUCAGAAAAUGGCGCGAACGUGAACAAAAGAAGGCAGCAGAAACUGCAGCUCGGAUACUGGAAGAAACAGAAAAGUCAAUACAGACAGAGAAGUCAAUAGAGUCAUCACCCAACCACUACACUGUCCAAAAUCAUUACCAACCCGAGAAAGUUGUGAAAUCGAGCAAGCUGGAAAAGGCCAAGACCUCCUUGACAAAAAAAGCACUUGUGCCUAAUCUCAGCGGUAUCUUUCAAAGCAAGAGGAAGCAAGUGGAUGGUGGGUCUAUGUCUUAUCUCCCAGGCGAGAGACCAUUGUAAUACUCAUCUCUGAGCAAAAAUAUGAUCAAGUAUGUACCUUGAGCUUAAUAUUUUGGGUUUGGUUUAGACUGCAUGUAACAUAUUUUGGGAUUGGUUUUUUUCCUUUUUACAUGUGACAAGUGAUAUUUGGUGAAGUUUAAUGAAUUGAUAUAGGAAGUGUUUAUUCUUUGUUU